AUGGAUGUUAACACAAGAUCCGAUGCUACACGGCACACCGAUUCUUCCGAUUUAAGAAAGAAGUAUAGUCUAAGGACCCACGUUGGAAAUUUGACUGGGCUGAUAAACUUGGGCAAGAGGCUUAAAACUAUGAAGAGGGAAACCUUUCAGAGAAGAUAUGGAAAUUUGUUGAAUUUAAUGGAGGUUGAAGUACAAAUACCCCCUAUCACAGCCUUGGCACAAUAUUAUGAUUCUCCGCUUCGAUGUUUCACAUUUCAAGACUUUCAGUUGGCGCCAACCAUAGAGGAGUUCGAGCAUAUCUUGGGUUUGCCACUGGAGGGCACCACUCCCUAUCAACAUUUAGAGCAUCAUGCCUCUAUACCCACCAUUGCUACCAUUAUGAAAUUACAUCCCAAAGAGCUUGAAGACAGGAUGAUGAUGAGGAAUCAAUUGCAUGGGUUAUCACAGGGAUAUCUAGAGCAGUAUUUACAUCACCUGGCUGAUAAAGAGGAUUGGGAAACUUUCAUGGAUGUAUUAGCCCUCACCAUAUAUGGCAUUGUCUUGUUUCCCAAAAUAGAAGAAUUCGUGGAUUACACCGCGAUAGACGUCUUCGUGGCGAGUAAAACCAGAUCAGAGAAUCCUGUAACAGCAGUCCUUGCGGAUGUUUAUGGGUCCUUAAGUUUUUGCCAUGAGAGAAAGGGAAAGAAGAUUCUUUGUUGCUUACCGGCGUUGUAUAUAUGGAUGACAGCGCGCGUGUUUAAGGAGAUGGUCGAUGUCAAGAGUCUAUCGGAGACUUUGUCACACCAAGGGCUUAAAGGUAAAGGAGGAAACGAUUGGGCCCGAUUCCUUGCUGGUUUGAGCGAAAGAAGUAUAAAAUGGCGCCUUCCUUGGCUCGGAAAUAAACUGGUUAUCCAGCAUUGUGGUAGUUUUCCUAACGUGCCUCUCAUAGGUGCCCGGUACUGUAUAAAUUACAACCCUCUUUUGGUGCAAAGACAAUUUGGGCAUCCCAUGAAAGGGGCACCUUCAUCAGAUUAUCUUGCUACCCUAUUCGUUUAUUACGAAGACGAGCAUUUCAUCGAACUGUUAAGAAAGGUUAAAAGUGCAUGGGAAAAUGUUGUUCGAGCAGAGAAGGACUUGAGGGAUGGAGUAGUAGAUAACAGGGUUAGUUAUCACACCUGGAUUCUGGAGAGAGUGAAAGUAGUCAAGCUGCCUUUCAAGCCAAUCAAGGAUCAAUCAGUUAGUGAAGGACCAUCCCAAGCUCCAGAAAGUGAAGAGGUGCAACAAUUAAAAGCUGAGAUGGAGAAAUUGAAAAUGAGGAAUGCUAGGUUGGAAAACGAAUUACAAAGGGCGCGUAAUGAUCUUGUGGAUAUAAAAAAUGAUAAUGAAGAAAAGUCGCGGGCUUAUGAAAACCUUGUCAAAAGCCAGAAGGCUGAGAGGGAUUACACAUUUCGAGUGAAACAGGAUCUAGCUGCCGCGAGUAAGGAAUUAUCCAUGAGGGUAAAUGAGAAGAAGGUGGCUUUAGAAGAGGGAAAGGAGUGGAAGCACCUCUACGAAGAAGCCAAAAGAGAUAAACGAGAAGCCCUGAAGAGAUUAAGAGAAGCGCAGAUUCAGAUAGAAAAAGCGGGGCAUGAGAUGAAAGAGAUGGCCAUGUCGUUUGAGGCGGAUAUGAAUCGGGAGCGUUGGAAGCUAACAGAAGCAGAGGAAGAGCAUCGAACUCUGAUAAAACAAAUGGAGGAAUAUAUCGAAGAACAGGAGGAGCGAUGGAGGUCGAUAGAUUCUGAAGAAAGGCAUCAGGCCUUGAUAAAGCGAAUGGAAGAGCACAUCGCCGAGCAAGAAAUGGCUGUAAAGCACUGGAAGGAAAGAUUCUCUCAGUUGGCUGCUUUGGCAAACGGGGCAAUUGAAGACAUCCCCAGGAUGGUGUCGAAUGCUGAAGCAAGCACUCAUUUUUGUAACUCACCAGCGGAAAUAGAAUUGUUUAUUAAUCAUUGUAAAUGUACAAGUGAGAAAACAACGGAAAGUUUUCCAAGACAUCCGUACAGGACCAGAGCUAAUUCGAAGGUCAUCGAGAAUUGGGAGCAGUCACACGAAUCUAUUAAGGCCGAUGUCAGCCAGUUGAAGGAUCAGAUGGCCCAGAUUUUGGCGGCUCUCGAAGCCCUGAAGACCACGGGAGGGAUGACCCCUGCGCAAGUUGAGGGAAGUGCUCAAUAUUACCCUCCGUUGUUCAAUGCUGGGAGCCAAUCUGUUUCAUUCCCAAUGUAUGGAUUGCCUCCAGGUUACACCCCACCUGUGGGAGAAUACACAGAAGGGGAGCAGACUUCAUUCUCUUUCCCUACCACUGCUAACGUACCGCCAAUCAGUACUCAGGGACCUGUUGUAAUGUCUGCACCUAUGGGAAAUGAAGGGAUGUAUGCAAGCAUGACUGAUGGAGUACGAGUAACCCCGGUGCCACCUGUGAUUACCGGAGAGGGCUUUUCUACAAAGGCUGCGCCAUAUACUUUGUUUCAGGGGGUAACUAGUAAUGUUGAUGGGGCGAAAGAUAAACUGGAGAGCCUAGAGGCAAGAUUGAGGGCUGUGGAGGGAUAUGAAAGUUAUGGAUUUGGGGAUGUUUCUAGAUUGAGCUUGGUUCCGGGCGUCAAAAUUCCACAUAAGUUCAAGGCGCCAUAUUUUGAGAAGUAUAAGGGAAAUACAUGCCCAAAGAGCCAUCUAACCAUGUUUUGUAGAAAGAUGGCUGCAUAUGCUUAUGAUGAGCAGCUGCUCAUCCAUGUUUUUCAAGAUAGUUUGGCUGGAGUGGCGUUAAACUGGUAUACCCAUUUAGAGCCGACUCGAAUUCGUUGUUGGGCGGACUUGGCUGAUGCUUUUGUGAAGCAGUAUAUAUAUAAUACACAUGUUGCGCCAGAUCGUUUACAGCUGCAAAACAUGUCAAAGAAAGACAACGAAACUUUUAAGGAGUAUGCUCAGCGGUGGAGGGAAUUGGCUGCACAAGUUGAGCCGCCUUUGUAUGAUAAAGAAAUGGUGGCAAUGUUUGUUAAUACGCUCCAACCACCAUUCUAUGAACAUAUGGUGGGAAAUGUAUCUUCAAAUUUUGCCGAUAUCAUCGUGAUAGGCGAGCGGAUAGAGAUCGGGUUGAAGAAUGGGAAAAUUGCAUAUGGCUCAUCGGUGGUUGCACAUUCUAAAAAACCCAACUUCAACUCAGGAAAAAGAAAGGAAGGAGAUGUGCAUGCAACAUCUGCAACCCCGGUGUGGAGAGGUCAGGUUCCCACUCAUAACUAUCGACCAUACUGGGGUCAACCUCCACAUGCAGCCAAUGCGUCAUUUGGUCAUCAAAUUAGGCCUCAACAGCAACCAGGGUACUAUCAACCACAAUACAUUCCGACGAAUAAUUGGAGGGGAGGGGCGAACGUAGGUUCCAAUAUGAAUGUGGGUCCAAGUACUUAUCCAAGAAGGAACCAAGAAAGAAAUUAUGUUAAUUUUACCCCAAUUCCUACAACUUAUACGGAAUUAUUGCCUCAGCUUAUCAAACAAGGGCUAGUUGUCGUUUGUCCCCUGAAGCCUUUGCAGCCUCCGUAUCCAAGAGGUUAUGAUGCAGAUGCAAAGUGUAGUUAUCAUGGAGGGGCCGCUGGUCAUUCCACUGAGAGGUGUCUGGCUUUCAAGCAUAAAGUGCAGACUCUAAUUGAUUCUGGGUGGUUAAAGUUCCAAGAGGAUAAGCCUAAUAUUGAGGCCAAUCCUUUAUCUGGGCAUGGAAGUGCUUCGACGAAUGCCGUCGAAGUGAAAGAGCAUGAGCUGGUGAGGAAUGUGAAAGAGGUCAGGAGCUCUAGGAGGUUUAUUUUGGAGGCGUUGCUGAAAGUGGGUAUCUUGAAGGGUGAUUAUGAUGAGAGUAUGGCAUGCGCGCUCCACCCAGAUGCUGAGCACUCUAUUGAGGAGUGUGUUAAGUUUGAAGAAAUUCUGCAAGACCUGUUAGAUCGUGGCCUGAUGCAGGUAUGCUACAAGAAGGAGGAGGGAAAUGUAUUUGCACAAACUGGUGAUGAAUCCGGCAUGAGUUUACCAGAACCAUUGGUGAUUCAUUUCACUAAGACUACCUCUAUCCCACCAACUCAAGGAAGGUCGCCCGUUGUUAUCCGUGUACCAGCUCCUUUUCCUUACAAGAAUGAAAAAGCCGUCCCAUGGAGAUAUGGGACACAUGCGUCAAGCGAAGCACAAAGCGUUGACCCUGUCGUCAAAAACAUAUCAGGGAUAGGUGGAAUGACUAGGAGUGGUCGAAUUUUCACAUCACCAGAGUUGGCACAAGAAAGAGUCAAUGAUAAGGAAACAACGAUGGCUGCGAAGGCAAAAGAAUUCUUAAAGGGGAAGGGUGCACAGACAGAGGAGAUCCCCGACAAGGAAGAGAGGAGAGAAGUUUCUGAAGAAGAGGCUUGUGAAUUUUUAAAAUUCAUACAACAAAGUGAAUAUAAGGUGGUGGAACAGUUAAACCGUAUGCCUGCUCGUAUAUCCUUGUUAGACUUGCUCAUGCAUUCAGCAUCACACAGAAAGUUGCUAAUGAAGAUACUCAGUGAGGCUCACGUGGAGCAAGGUAUUUCGUUGAAUAAAUUCGAGGGUAUUGUUGGCAAUAUUGUUGCUAACAAUUAUCUCACAUUUACGGAUGAAGAGAUACCAGCUGAGGGAAGAGGGCAUAACAAGGCUCUUCACGUCUCGGUGAAAUGCCUGGAUCAUGUUGUUGCGCGUGUUUUAGUGGACAAUGGGUCCUCUUUGAAUGUUAUGCCGAAAGCAACCUUGGAAAAGCUACCUUGCGAAGGAAUGCAUAUGAGGCCGAGUUCAAUGAUUGUGAGGGCGUUUGAUGGUAGCAAACGAGAGGUGAUGGGGGAGGUGGAUUUACCAAUGCAAGUUGGCCCUUGUGUCUUUCAAAUAACGUUCCAGGUUAUGGAUAUCCUGCCAGCUUAUAGUUGUCUGUUGGGGCGCCCAUGGAUCCAUUCGGCUGGGGUUGUGCCUUCUACACUACACCAGAAGUUGAAGUAUGUGAUGGGAGAUAAGCUGGUGAUAGUAUCAGGAGAAGAAGAUCUUCUUGUGAGUGGGCCAUCAUCCACACGCUACAUCGAGGCGGCUGAAGAAGCUCUCGAGACAGCCUUCCAGUCGUUGGAGAUUGUGGGAAAUGCUUGUGUGGAACCGUUUCCAGUAAAUCCUCGUCUAUCAUGUGCUUCUAUUAUGAUGGCCAAGAUUAUGAUAAAAGGGGGCUAUGUAUAUGGGGAAGGUUUGGGAAAAUAUCGGCAGGGGCGAGCAUUCCCUAUAGAAAUCGUUGAAAACAAGAACAGAUAUGGCUUGGGAUACAAACCUACCAAGGAAGACAGGAAAAGGAUGAUUGAAGAAAGAAAAGAACGCAGUUUGGCCCGUGUAGAAAGACGAGGGCCCAAAGAGAGCAAAAUUCACAUUGUUGACAUCAAGGAAAGCUUCCGCAGUGCAGGGUGGAUCAACACUGGCCAGAUAGCAGCUGUGGAGGAUGAAGAAAGGACUCAAAGUUUGAGCUUUGUGUGGGCUUGCUCCCCUGAUACUCAACUCAACAAUUGGGAAACACUGGAUUUACCUGUGAUGCUUAAUGUGAACAAAAUAUGUGACAAUGAUUGUUUUGAAAAUAAUGAUAUCAAUGUUCCUAACUUUGAGCACCCUAUCAAUAAUACGGAAGAUGAUUUCGAAGAUGAUGUGGAACCCUCUCCAGAAUUGUUGAGAUUAGUGGAACAAGAAUCUAAGGAGAUAAAACCCCAUCAGGAGGAGAUUGAAGUACUCAACUUGGGAGAGAAGGAUGAGAUAAAGGAGGUGAAAAUCGGUACUAGUAUGAAAACGGAAGUGAGGGAAAGAUUGCGUGUACUGUUGAAGGAAUUUAAAGAUGUGUUCGCGUGGUCUUACAAUGACAUGCCGGGUCUAGAUACCGAUAUUGUGCAGCAUAGGCUCCCACUCAAGCCGGAAUGCCCUCCAGUCAAGCAAAAACUGAGAAGAAUGAAGCCGGAAAUGUCCUUAAAAAUUAAAGAAGAGGUCCAAAAGCAAUUUGACGCAGGAUUUUUGGCUGUGGCAAGAUACCCACAAUGGGUAGCGAAUGUUGUACCAGUGCCUAAGAAGGAUGGGAAGGUUCGAAUGUGUGUUGACUAUCGUGAUUUAAAUCGUGCAAGUCCGAAAGAUAACUUCCCGUUACCACACAUCGAUACUCUGGUUGAUAAUACAGCCAAAUUUUCGUUAUUUUCGUUCAUGGACGGAUUCUCGGGGUAUAAUCAAAUUAAAAUGGCACCGGAAGAUAUGGAAAAAACGACCUUUAUCACGUUAUGGGGAACAUUCUGUUAUAAGGUGAUGUCUUUUGGACUCAAGAAUGCUGGGGCAACAUACCAAAGGGCAAUGGUGACACUCUUUCAUGAUAUGAUGCAUAAGGAAAUUGAAGUUUAUGUGGAUGACAUGAUUGCAAAGUCGGAGUCAGAAGAGGAGCAUAUUUUCAAUCUAAGGAAAUUAUUUGAGAGACUGAGAAAAUACAAACUCAGGUUAAAUCCCACCAAAUGCACGUUUGGAGUAAAGUCUGGAAAAUUGUUGGGCUUUAUUGUCAGCCAAAGAGGGGUAGAAGUUGAUCCUGACAAAGUAAGAGCGAUAACGGAAAUGCCUGCGCCCAGAACAGAAAAAGAGGUUCGAGGUUUUCUGGGAAGGCUGAACUACAUUGCUAGGUUCAUCUCCCAAUUAACUGCUACUUGUGAACCAAUGUUCAAGUUGCUACGGAAAAAUCAGGCUGUAGUCUGGAAUGAAGAUUGUCAAGUUGCUUUCGAAAAGAUCAAACAAUACCUGCAGGACCCUCCUGUAUUGCGUCCACCUAUGUCAGGAAGACCGCUCAUUUUGUAUUUGACCGUACUGGAUAAUUCAAUGGGUUGUGUAUUGGGUCAGCAUGAUGAAGACGGGAAAAGAGAGCAUGCCAUAUAUUACUUGAGCAAGAAGUUCACAGAUUGCGAACAACGAUAUUCGUCGUUAGAGCGAACUUGUUGUGCACUGGCAUGGGCUGCUCAUCGUUUAAGGCAAUACAUGUUGAGUCACUCUACUUGGUUGAUAUCUAAAAUGGAUCCUAUCAAGUACAUAUUCGAAAAGCCCGCUCUCACUGGAAGGAUAGCUCGAUGGCAGAUGCUAUUAUCAGAAUACGACAUUGUAUAUGUUACUCAGAAAUCUAUCAAGGGUAGCUCUUUAGCAGAAUUUUUAGCCCAUCAACCCAUUAGUGAUUAUCAGCCGAUGCAACCUGAGUUUCCGGAUGAAGAUAUCAUGGCUUUAUUUGCUGAGAGCAGAGAUGACAAAAAUGAAAAAGCCUGGACGGUAUUAUUCGAUGGGGCAUCGAAUGUAAUGGGGCAUGGAAUAGGGGCAGUGCUUAUCUCUCCUAAGAAUCAAUACAUUCCAAUGACGGCAAGGUUGUGUUUUAAUUGCACAAAUAAUAUCGCAGAAUACGAAGCCUGUGCUAUGGGUAUUCGAGCAGCAAUAGAGUCUAAAGCAAAAAUUCUGGAUGUAUACGGAGAUUCAGCUUUGGUUAUCCAUCAAUUGAAGGGAGAAUGGGAGACUAGGGAUACUAAAUUAAUUCCAUACCAAGCUUACAUCAGGGGAUUAAUUGAGUAUUUCGAUUCCAUCACGUUUAAUCAUAUACCGCGAGAAGAUAAUCAAUUAGCAGACGCGUUGGCUACCUUGUCGUCGAUGUUUGAAGUUGAUCAAGAUGCAGAAUUGCCAAUGAUUGAAAUGAAGAGUCAUGCGGGGCCAGUGUAUUGUCAUUUCAUCGAGGAGGAAGUAGAUGGUAAACCUUGGUACUUUGAUAUCAAGCAUUAUCUUAAGACUCGAGAAUAUCCAGAGAAGGCAUCCGAAAACGAUAAAAGGGCGUUAAGGAGGUUGGUUGGCAGUUUCAUUUUGAGUGGGGAUAUUCUAUAUAAGAGGAAUCAUGACAUGGUUCUCCUCAGGUGCGUAGAUGCAAAAGAAGCUGAGCUGAUACUAAAAGAAGUACACGAGGGUACAUUUGGCACGCACAUGAAUGGGCACUCAAUGGCCAGGAAGAUACUGAGAGCGGGGUAUUUUUGGUUGACUAUGGAAAAUGAUUGUUGUACACAUGUGAGAAAGUGUGAGAAAUGCCAGGUAUACGCAAGUAAUAUCAAUAUGCCACCCACGACCUUGAACGUGUUGUCUGCACCGUGGCCCUUUUCGAUGUGGGGAAUAGAUGUCAUCGGAGCUAUAGAGCCAAAAGCGUCAAAUGGACACCGUUUCAUAUUAGUCGCAAUCGACUACUUCACCAAGUGGGUUGAGGCUGCUUCUUAUGCUAAUGUGACUAGAAAGGUGGUGACCAAGUUCAUAAAAAAGGAGUUGAUUUGCAGAUACGGGCUCCCUAACAGGAUCAUCACCGAUAAUGCCACUAACUUGAAUAACCAGAUGAUGACAGAGUUAUGUGAGGAGUUCAAAAUUCAUCAUCUUAAUUCUUCUCCUUAUCGUCCAAAGAUGAAUGGGGCAGUAGAGGCUGCUAACAAAAAUAUCAAGAAGAUUGUGCAGAAGAUGGUGGUCACAUAUAAGGAUUGGCAUGAAAUGCUUCCUUUUGCUUUACAUGGUUAUCGCACUUCGGUACGAACAUCGACUGGAGCAACGCCUUUCUCGCUUGUAUAUGGAAUGGAAGCAGUACUUCCGUUUGAAGUGGAAAUUCCGUCCUUACGAGUUUUAAUGGAAACCCAAUUAGAAGAGGCUGAGUGGGUUCAAGCUCGUUUCGACCAGCUCAAUCUCAUCGAUGAAAAAAGAUUAACAGCAGUAUGCCAUGGACAAUUGUACCAAAGAAGAAUGAAGAAGGCAUUUGACAAAAAGGUACAUCCCAGAGAAUUUCAUGAAGGGGAGCUGGUGUUAAAGAAGAUCUUACCUAUACAAAAAGAUCAUAGAGGCAAAUGGACUCCAAAUUAUGAAGGGCCAUUUAUAGUGAAAAAAGCAUUUUCUGGUGGGGCACUAAUUCUCACGAGAAUGGACGGAGAGGAGUUACCAUUGCCAGUUAAUUCUGAUGCAGUAAAAAAGUUUUACGCAUGA